AUGCGUUUGUCGACAGCGAUUCUAGCUUCGAUCCCCCUCUGUUCCUCCGACCGCAUCCCCAGAUCUGCUGGUUCCUGGGGUUAUGCAGAGCAGGGAAACGAGUGGGGCGAUUCCGUUGCCGCCUGCAAUGGAGUUCGACAAUCCCCGAUCGACAUUCCAAAGAAAGUCUCUACCGCUGAGUUUCAGCCGUUUGAAUUGACGAAUUUCGAUGAAGAGCAAAAAUGGACUCUGGUGAAUAACGGCCAUGCCGUCCAAAUGACUGCUUCAGAGCCUUUAAACAUGAAGACAAACGGCGGAGCUCUUCCAGGAGAAUACACCCUUGCUCAGUUUCAUUUCCACUGGGGCUCAUCGGACCAUGGUGGUUCGGAACACACGCUCGAGGGGGAACAGUUCUUCUCAGAAGUUCACUUGGUUCACUUCAAAUCAGAAUAUGGAACGAUCGGAGACUCUGUGGACAAAUCCGAUGGGCUGGCGGUUCUCGGCUUUUUCAUUGAAGAGGAUGUUACCGCAGAGGAUACACCCCUCGAUAAUUUCUUCCUAAACAUGGUCGGCCAGGCGGUUCAAGAUCCAAAGAAGACUUCUGAAAUUCAAUUCUCCAUGUCUGAAAUUCUUCCCUCAACUCUUGACAACUUCUACAGAUAUCUUGGAAGUCUGACUACUCCCACCUGCAAUGAAGCAGUAGUCUGGACGAAUUUCAAAGAGCCCCUGAAAAUCUCGACAAAGACGAAAGAGUUUAUGACUCAAUUCGCCAAGGACGAUCACGGCGCAGAAUUGGUGAAAAAUUUCCGAAACGUUCAACCUCUUAAUGGUCGAGAAGUCACUUUCUUUUCCUCGAUGGAGAAAAUCGUUGCGCCAAUGGAACCGGAAAUCAAAAGCGGUGGAGAAGAACCAGCUGCGGAGGGAGAAGAGCCAAAACCAAUGUGGGCUUGGAUCGUUAUUGGAGUCAGCUCUGUAGUGUUUCUCGCCGUUGGGGGACUUGUGCUGAAAAAGUGCAAAGAUCGAAAUAGCGAAGGAUAUGAAGCCGGACAAAACUGA